AUGCCAAGCUCCUCCUCCAACCCCUUCCACUGCUCCCUCACCUCCAACCCCCCUCCCACCUCCUCUCCAUCUUCCUCGUCUCCGGCCCCGCACCUCGCCGCCCCACCCCUCCUCCCCGUCUCCCCGGCCUCCGCCGCCCCCUCCUCUUCCUCUUCCUCGUCCGCGCCCAAUCUCAGGCCGCAGCCGCAGCGGCUGAUGGCCGGCCCGGCGGCGGUCGGCGGCGGGAAGGGGGCGGCAGGAGGGAUUAAGGUUGGCGGGAGCGGGGGGCCCGCGUUCGUGGGGCAGGUGUUCACCAUGCUUGACCCCUCCGGGAACGGCCUCAUGGCCGUCACCAAACGCUUCGACCUCCGGCACUUCAUCGCCGACAGGACUCCUACAUGGUUUAAAAGGAUAUUGUCACCAUUGAAGAAGAGUGACAAUGAUCCAGUGUUUAGGUUUUUUAUGGAUCUGAAUGAUUCAGUAUCCUAUGUUAAGCGGCUAAAUGUCCCAAGUGGUAUGGUGGGGGCUUGUCGCCUUGAUGUAGCGUAUGAACAUUUCAAGGAAAAGCCUCACAUGUUCCAGUUUGUUCCAAACGAGAAGCAGGUCAAAGCUGCUAAUAAGCUCUUAAAGUCAAUCCCACAAAGGGGCAGAAGGAAAAAACUUGCCGGUGUUCCUGUUUUUAGUGCUCAAAAUUUGAAUAUUGCAGUGGCAACAAAUGAUGGAAUUAGAUGGUAUUCACCAUACUUUUUUGAUAAAAACUUGUUGGACAAUAUUCUCGAAGCUUCAAUGGAUCAGCAUUUUCAUUCAAUGAUUCAAAACCGCCAUAUACAACGUAGAAGAGAUAUUGUUGAUGAUAGUUUAACAUCAGAAAUACUUGAAGAAAGUGCGGACAGCUUGCUUGAGCCCCCAGAGAUGCAAGAAUUGAUGAAUGAGAUUGGUCCAGCUGGAAUACCAUUAAGUGUUGUAACAAAAGCAGCUGAGAUCCAGUGUCUUGAUGUUGUUGAUAGAUUACUUUUAGGAAAUAAGUGGCUCAGAAGAGCUACUGGCAUACAACCACAUUUUCCUUAUGUUGUUGAUUCAUUUGAAGAAAGGACAGCAGUUUCAGUUGACAGGAUUGCUACCUCCAGUAAUACUUCAACUGCCUCUAAGGAUGCUGACUGCUGCCCAACUGAUCAGCAGUCUCAAACUUUGGAGUCAAACAUUGAUAGCGGCAACCACAGAACACACAAUAGCCGAGAUCAUGGCCGGUCUCACUUCCCAUUUAGCAAUCUACUUUCUAAUAUAUGGCCAGGGCACGAUAGAAUGUUCAAACGGCAAGAAAAUGACUCCAGAUCCAGAAGAUAUGAUUCAAGCAUGAACAAUGAUUUGCAAGCAAACCCUCUUCUACCCAAAAUCACCAUGGUUGGCAUCUCAAUGAGCGAAGGGGGACAAAUGAGCAAAGCCAACCUAAAGAAAACAAUGGAUGACUUGACAAAAGAGUUGGAGCAAGCAGGCGAAAAAACGGUCUUCGGCGAUGAGAAAGAUCCGCUGUUUGUUGCCAACGUUGGUGAUUACUCCAGGAUUACAAAGUUUAGCUCGACAUGA